AUGGGCUCCAGUGAAAUUGGAGAACAUGCGGAACAUGAGGUCGUUCAACUAACAAUUCAGUGUCGAGGUGCUUUCUGUAGUACGUUAAAUGAUGUCCCAGAGGUCCCGAAACAUACCUUGUUCCGUGGGAUAGCGGUUGAAGCGGAUCUGGUUACAGAGAAUCUUUACUUCGCCAUCAACACAUUCCUCAACUUUAACGUGUUUGCAUCGAUAGGAUCUCUGACAGCCAACUUCAUUCAACAGGUGAUUUUCAAAAGUGAAUGGUGGUUCACAAUUGCCGGUUCUGUGAUGGCGUUUACGUGCGGAUACUUCAGCAGUUUGGCCCUUAUCUACACGCCUAGUGUUGUGCCGACUUGCUAUCAGAAAAUCAGUGGCAUGGCUGCUGCGAUUGCCUUGAUGUUAGAUCAGCCUGAUAAGAAAAGUCAAGCUAAAAGCAAUCAAUAA